AUGAACCCGAACCUCUCGGCUUCGUUAAACGCCACACGGCUGCUAUUCAAGCCGGGCUUGUGCCUGCCGCACCACACCGUCUCAACGUUCAACGAUCUGCCAAUCCCCCUGGACAGGGCAUUGAGAAACAAGGGCUACAAGUCCGACAUAAGAGCUGUGGUCCUUGACAAGGAUGACUGCUUCGCAUAUCCAGAUGCCAAGGAGGUCUACGAGCCAUACAAGAAACACUUUGAGUCUUUGAAACAGGCGUAUCCGGGCCGCAAACUGUUGGUGGUCUCGAAUACUGCCGGGGCCGCCAGCUGGGACAAGGACCUGAAGCAAGCUGCCGAGGUUGAAAGGGGCACUGGUCUCCACGUACUUCCACACGCUGUGAAGAAGCCUGGAUGCGCGCGCGAGAUAAUGGACUACUACUCACGGCACCCGGAAACCGGGGUUACAGACCCGUCGCACAUAGCCGUCGUUGGAGACAGACUGACAACGGACAUGAUGCUGGCGAAUAUGAUGGGCGGCUGGGGCUUCUGGAUCAAGGAUGGCGUAGUGCCAAUGCAACAAAAGAGCUUUUUUUCAAAACUGGAACGCAACCUUGCCGUGUUUCUUGCUGCCCGUGGUGGCGUCCAACCCCCACAGCCUCGUGGGCCGAUGGAUGGAUUCUGA